AUGGUCUUAAUUAAACUGAGACUAAAUGUACCAUAUCUAGACCUAGCAUACAGUUUUGAAGUUUCUCUUUCAACUGUGUCGCGUGUCUUUAAAGCGUGGAUGGAAGUAUUAGAUGUGCGCCUAUCACCCUUAAUAUCGUGGCCAGAACGGGAAGAACUAUGGCGAACAAUGCCUAGAUGUUUCCAGUAUACUUUUGGCAAGGCAACCACAAUCAUCAUAGAUUGCUUCGAAAUUUACAUCGAUCGUCCUUCAAAUCUGUUGGCAAGAGCCCAGACAUAUUCUCAUUAUAAGAGCCACAAAACUGUUAAGGUUCUUAUUGGGAUAGCCCCGCAAGGAUCUGUUUGCUUCGUGUCAAAAGCCUGGGGUGGUCGAACGUCUGAUAAAUACCUAACUGAACAUCGUGAAAUGCUUACGAAUUUAAGGCCUGGUGAUUUAGUCAUGGCCAACAGAGGGUUUACCAUUGAAGAGAAUUUGUCACUAUAUCAAGCAAAACUCGCUAUCCCAGCCUUCACCAAAGGGAAAGAGGCAGUUGGAUCCUGUCUCUGUCGAAAAGACAAGAGGAAUAGCCAAUGUACGUAUACAUGUAGAAAGGGUGAUUGGUUUGUUGAGACAAAAGUACACUGUGUUGCAGAGUAUAUUACCUAUUGA